AUGGUUAGGAACUCCAAAGGAAAAACUAUUUUGGACUUUGUAUCCACCAUAGAUUCGAUUGAUAAGGUGGAUAACCUUAGAUCCAAGUAUGACUUCCCCUCAGCCCAAGAGGCGAGAGCCCCAUUAGGAAACGAGAGGGCUAACUCUCCUCCAAGGGGAAGAAUUACCGUGUAUGACCGAUUUAUGCAUCUAGGGCUUAGAUUUCUCCUCUACCCCCUGUUUGAGGAGAUUGUUCAACACUAUAGGACUCCUCUCGCUCGUUUUACCCCGAAUUUAAUUACAUUUGUACUGAGGUUUGCGAGAGAUUGGUAUAUCGUGAAAAGACGCCUUAGAGCUGGCGUGAAGAAGAUGGUCGAGGCGUAUGGCGGCUCUCCAGAAUGGAAACCGGACUUUGUGUUUGUAAAGGCGCCUGAAGGUGAUACAGUCAACAUCGAGGGAGCAACCAGAAUUCCCCUCGAGAUCUCUGUUGAAGAAGACCAAGAUGAGCGUGUCACUGUUACUGCUGCCCCUCAGAAGAAAAAGAAGAAGAGGAUCGUGAAGUUGGGUGAUAGGGCAAAAUCCAAGAAGGCCAAGACGGAUGCACCCUCGAAGGAAACCACGCAGCCAGAUAUCAAGACGGUACCCCUUGCCACCGAGUCUAUUCAGAAACCUGUGCCAGAAGUAGGGCCAAGCAUAGUUCCUCCUGCGGCCGAAAAAGGCAAGGGCCCUCUCGAGGGUGAAGUGAUAAUCUUGCCCCCUCAGCUGUUCAAAGGAGAUAAGUGCGGCCUCGAUGGCCUACCUAGUGCAGCUAAGGAAACUUCGAGAGACCUGGCUACAGCUCGGGCGGAAAGGGAUGAGGCGUUAUUCGAGGUGGUUACUCUCGAGGAGAAAGCACGCCAAGUUCAGGUUAAGGAGGCUGAGAUUGCCGAGGUGCAGGCUAAAUAUAACGAGCUGGAUGAGAAGAUGAAAUCAUUCGCCAGCCUGCACAUCUCCAAGGAGGAACUUCAUCAGUGGUGGUUGAAGAGGCUCGACCAGGACAGGCCAAUCAAGGCUAAAUGGUUCAAGCAGCUCCUGAUGAAAGACUCGAAGAAAACCAUGCACGAGGCUAUGGUAAAGGUCUUGACAAGGUUGAGCCUCGAGCAGCUUCCUCUGUGGGGAGCUUUGACUGGCGCCAUGACGAAAAUGAGUUCCCCUGUGGAGAUUGCCUCGUUUCCGGGCGACGUUCCUGUUGUCCUGGCCAAGGGUCCAAGUGAGGAGGAUCCUAUACCCGAGGAAAGUUGGACCGUUCACCGCGUUCACCUCAUGGUGUUAUCGGAAGAGCAAUCGAGAGAGUUCUCGUUAUAUGCUAUGAUUAGCAGGAUUCUGAGAAGUCAUGCUGAUGUGCAUAGCCUCGAGACAGUGGCGCACUUGGAAAGUGACCUGCUCGAUGCCAUGAGGACGCACAAUGUAAAGGUUAACCAACAUCUGAUAAAUGAGAUUAAAGGGCUCCGCGAGGAGAUGCAGCGUCGAGAGGUUCAAAGCCUGAAAGACCACAGUGAUUCUCUGACUUUCGAGGCCGAGAUUCAUGAUGAGUUGGUGACCUUGGAGAAGGAAAACGCUCGGCUUAGGGCAAGACAGCAAAUUACUGUGUCCCCCUGGUUUCUCGAGAAGCAUCAAGUGUUAGCUCGAGUCCAGCACAUGAUUAUGGUUAGGACUCGCUGUUUUAUCACAGCCAUGGAUUUAUUGAAAGAGAGAUCUCGUGAGAUCGAGCUUCUUACAGACUAUAUUCCCCAACUGCAAAAUCUAUUGUUGGAUAACAAUAUUGACUUUGAGGCUUUCGAGCGCCCGGAGGAAAUUGUGGAUCCUCGAACUCGGAGUUCUCGAGAAGAGCUGUUGAUGAGGGUGCACGCUCAGGACACAGAUAUCGUGGACCUUAAGGAUAAAUUAAAUCAGUGUGUGAAUCUCCUUAGCCUGCAUGGGUGUAAGGGGAUUAUUCAUCCCUCCCCCGACAAUCCUGUCAGGGAGGUGCUUGUAAUAGUGUAG